AUGAGGCUCAAGCCUAAUUUUGUUCCAGCAUUGGUAUGGUUUUCCAUACCGAACUUUGCAAAUGGGCUGUCAUCAUCAGAUAACAAUCCUGGAAACAAUCUUGCCGAGCGCAUUGUGACCUACGAGAAAAUAGAGCUGGUUUGGGGGAAGGUCGGCUUUCCGUCUACACAUCAUCCCAAUAAUUACAACGAAACCGGUGGGGAUCUUGAUGUGCGCGCCGUUUUAACGUCCAAUGGCGUCCUUGACGUACUGCUGAACAGAAGGCUCUCUUGUCAACCUGGAUACGGAUUGUCAUUCAACAGGUGUUGCCCUUCCUCUGGCAAAUGUUGCACGUACGGCUACUGUCUUCAAACAACUCAGCGAUGCUGCCCUGCCGGACCCUGCGACAUGGCGACAAAAUAUUGCUGUGGCCAGUCACAUUGCAGCCCCAUUGGUGGCGAUUGCUGCAAAGACGAGAGUUCUUGUGAGCCGGGCAAUAAAUGCUUUAUCCUGACAUCUCAAGGGAAUCGGCCAGUGUGCUGUACGGAUUCUGCCUGCACGGCCCAUGUCCAAAACGGCCUCACGACAUAUGCCACGAGUAGUACCACGACAAGGACAUACACGAGCACUUCGUCGAUGUCACAGAGUACAGAUGGCCCUGUUCAGACAACUUUAGGCAACAACUUCCCAACCCAAACCGGAAGUGACGGCCAUGCUACAUCAACAGGAAGUAGUGGCAGUAGCGGUACUGGAAACGACGGCGGAGGGAGCGGAGGCGGACGCAGCACAAACAUUGGUGCCAUCGUCGGAGGUACAGUUGGAGGCAUAGCCGCAAUCGCUAUUGGAAUUCUUGCCGUCUUUCUCAUUAUCCGAAACAAGAAGAAGAAUAAUCAAGGGGGCCAAGGUACCUUUGCCCAACCACCAGGGGCUAUUCAGAGCGACUGCUUGCAAACACAACCUCCAUCAGUACAGCAACAUGCUUUCCCACAACAGCAGACGCAACCAUAUCAACAAUAUCAACCCUACGGACCGCAGCAUGGGUAUGAAAAGAAUAUGGCAGUCGGCCAUAACACUGAGUCUUGGUACGGGUCCAGUAACACUACCUCUCCCGCCGCAGUGAGCGACAUGAGAACUGCAUCUGUCAGUCCUCCUCCGGCUUGGGCGAGUAAUCAUGGAUCUCCGCCGCCACCUAAUAACCUGGCCUCGCCUCGUUCUGCGUCACAAAUAAUUUACGAGGCUCCCGGGCAGACGCAUGAUAACCACCGCGGCCAGAUGCAUGAAUUGUCUUAA